AUGGUGAACUUGAUUCUUAGUUUUCUGAAUUUGUUGGAUCUGUUUAUGGAAUCCGGUUCGAAUCGUGAAAUUGCUGUUGGAACUGCUUGUGAUGAUGAACAUAAAGAGUCAAAUGCGGCUUCUUGUGGCAGUGGCAGGCGAAGACAGCAACUUCAGACCGUCGAACAGGUUCAAAACGGUGGCAACGAGCAGCCUCAACCCCAUAAUGGACUAGAGCAGCCUCAGAACCUGAACGAAACAGACGCCAGAGACGGGCAGGUUGCCUCUUCAUUCACCCAUACCUCCGAAAGGCGAAGAGUUCACCACGAGGACGACCAAGACCAGGUCGACAUCCCCGAAGAAGCUGACCCCACAACCGUCCUCCUGCUCAAAGAGUUGCAAAAGACAAACCGUCUCAUCAGGCUUCAAGGUGACCGCAUUCACGAGCUAGAAAGGAAACGACGAUAUCGUCCCCCCUCACGGAGGCACUAUCGAUCACGCUCCUAUUCUUCCUCACGCUCACCACCGAGGAGAUAUCGUCGGCGUUCCCCAUCCUCUUCGCGCUCCCCGCCUAGAAGGUACCAUCGUCAGAGAUCAUAUUCCCGCUCUCCACGGCGAAAGAGCAGGAAGAAUCAGAGACCUGAGACCACAGAAACUGGAAGCCUCUCCCCUGAACAAGAUCCCCGAGACCCUUCCAAAGUUGUGCUGAAACCGCGUGAACGCUCCCCUCCCCGGGACGGCCGCACCAAUCCGGGCAGAGCUCAAGGGAAAUCCUGA